AGUGAUGUUGGGAUUAAGCUAAGAAACUUCAAACUAGUAGUACUAUUAUUUCUAAUUCACAAAUAUUUACAAAUAUGGGUUUACAAAACGAGCUAACCAACGUCUCAUCGGAAUCACUUCCAAUCCUUGUUGUUAUUCUCAUCGCCAACUGCGUAAGUUAUCUUCGCUCUCUUUCCUCCGCUAUCCUACACUCUUUUUCUCCUCCCCAUUUUCAUUCAAGCCACGAGGUGGUGCAUGAUAAUAAUAAUGCACUCAACCCGAUCGGUUCGCGCUUAGCCGGUCUAAUAGUCCUGGCCGAGCAGCUCAAUAUCAACCGCCUUUUUUCUUACACGUAUAGUACUAAUACUAAAGAUGAAGGGGUCUCCGGUUCGGAUUGUAUUGUGUGCUUGAACCGGUUUAGUGAAGGUGAUCAUGUGCGCAAGUUAGCGUGCUGCCACGUGUUUCAUAAAGAGUGCUUUGAUGGGUGGUUGGAUCAUCUUAACUUCAACUGCCCGCUGUGUAGAGCGCCGUUAAAGGUUUCCGAUGAGCGCGUGGGUAUGAAAGAGCGGCGCGUGACCGAGGAUCUCUUAAACUGGUUCGCUUUGACUUGAAGCUUACUUGAUGAGUUUUUGUACAUGUAAAGUUAGUCUUUGUAAUUGUAGCCUUUACUUGUCGUCUUUUUACUCGAGAGUGAAGGGUAGUUUGUACAUUUACAGCGCUUUUUUUUUUUUCCUUUUAGGACGGUAACUAAACGACUUCACUUCUAGUUUGUAAAAUUCUAUAUCUCUGCCGAGUUUUCUAGCUUGUAUAUUGCCCAGCUCUUUUUAUCUGGUGUAAAUUACAUUAUAUGGUUUAAUCUUGUUUUAAACUUUAA